UAUAAACUAUUUGCUGGGGGCGGGGCUGGGCCAGGCGAUUUCCUUUUGGUUUCUUCAAAAUCCUAAAACCCUAAUAAAACUCAUGUUUUUCCUCUUAUUUGUUACAACUAAAAGCCUAGACACAUUCUUUCUUCAGUUCUCAAUUAAUUAAACCCUAAAAUCCUAACAGUUAGAGCUAAUAAGCAAUGGCUGGGAAAGAAGAGGGGAGAGGAGAAGAAAAGAAUAAAUUUUCAAUUUGGGAUUUGCCAGAUGUGCCAAUGGGUCAAUUGCCACCACACCUCGAACUCCAAAGAAGUCGUGUUUUAUGCAACAAGGAUGCCCCUAUUCAUACAGAGAGUGUGCAAUACUCUGGUGCUUAUGCAUCCAUGGGACUUGAUAAUAGUUUAAGACUUGAUCAUUUCUGCCACAACUUUAGAGUAGAAGUGGUUCGACUCACUGACGAGGACAUGGAGUUCGAUAUGAUUGGUAUUGAUGCAGCUAUUGCCAAUGCAUUCCGGAGGAUCCUCAUAGCUGAGCUUCCAACAAUGGCAAUUGAAAAGGUUCUCAUUGCAAACAACACAUCAAUAAUCCAAGAUGAAGUUCUUGCCCAUAGGUUGGGUCUCAUUCCAAUUAGUGUUGAUCCAAGGCUCUUUGAAUAUAUGACAGAAAAUGAUCAGCCAAAUGAAAAGAACACCAUUGUUUUCAAGCUCCAUGUUCAAUGCAAACGAGGUAGUCCACGUUUCACAGUUAAAUCGGAUGACUUAAAGUGGUUGCCUAAUGGGAGUGAACUGGUUAAGGAAUCAAGAAAUGCAACUUCAGAUUCAUCAUCUAAACCUGAAACUUAUACUUCCUUCAGUUGUAGCCAAGAUACCUUGUCAGAAUUUGCCAAGAACCCCAUUGCCCCUAGGCAUCCAGAUAUUAUUAUUGCUAAACUUGGCCCUGGACAGGAAAUUGAAUUGGAAGUGCAUGCGGUUAAGGGUAUGGGAAAAACACAUGCAAAGUGGUCUCCUGUGGCAACUGCUUGGUAUCGAAUGCUUCCAGAGGUUGUAUUAUUGGAAGAGGUAGAAGAUGACCUUGCCGAAGAACUCAAAAGCAAAUGCCCAGUUAAUGUAUUUGAUAUAGAAGAUCUUGGAAAAGGUAGGAAAAGGGCAACUGUAGCAAGGCCACGAGCUUGCACACUUUGUAGAGAAUGCAUAAGGGGUGAUGAAUGGGAGAAACGUGUGGCAAUACGUCGUGUUAGAGAUCAUUUCAUAUUCACAAUUGAAUCAACUGGAGCAUUACCUCCUGAAGUACUAUUUACUGAAGCUGUGAAGAUUUUAGAAGACAAGUGUGAACGUGUGAUAACAGAGCUCUCAUGAUACUAAGGAUGAUAGAAGCAGUGGACAGUCUAAAUCCCUCUCUAUUAGAAUUUUGUAAGUUAAUGUGCAAUGAGAGCCAUUAUUGGUGAUGAGCUUUUUGCAUUUUUCUCUUGAAUUAUAUAUUUUAGCUGUAAUACAAUGAUCAAUGGUUUUGACCCUAUGAAAUAGCUAAUUCUUCAGCCCUUCAACUUAUCUUGAAUGCAAAUUAUGUUAUGCAUCAGAUCAUAUUUUCUUGCAUUAGAAGAAUUACUCAGGUUUGAUAUUUAGCAAAAAUCAGUAUAUAUAUAU